CACGAGGUCAAGAUGUUGCUCCUGUGCCAUGCUCUGGUUGUAGCUGUUGUCCAGGUCUUCACUCUCUCAGAGAGCUUGGUGUUUGCCAAGAAUAUCAACUUCUAUAAUGUGAGGCCUCCUGUUGACCCGACACCAUUUCCAAACAGCUUCAAAUGUUUCACCUGUGAAAAUGCAGGAGACAAUUAUAACUGCAAUCGAUGGGCGGAAGACAAAUGGUGUCCACAGAAUACACAGUACUGUUUGACAGUUCACCACUUUACCAGCCAUGGAAGAAGUACUUCCAUCACCAAAAAGUGCGCUUCUAGGAACGAAUGUCACUUUGUGGGAUGUCGCCACAACCGAGAUUCUGAACAUACGGAGUGUAGAUCUUGCUGUGAAGGAAUGAUCUGCAAUGUGGAAUUACCCACCAACCACACUAAUGCAGUCUUUGCUGUGAUGCACGCUCAGAGGACCUCCGGCAGCAGUGCCCCAACGCCCUACCUGCCAGUGCUUGCCUGGGUCUUCGUGCUCCCCUUGCUCUGAGACUGCCCUUCCACAGAGAGGCAGAGAGGAGCCCUCUGAAGCACAAGCCCCACAUGGUGUGAACAGCGUACUGUGGAGUCAAGGUCAAUCCUGCAUGCACGUGGUGAUGAGGGCGCCUGGACCCCAAUGCAAAAGUCAGGAGUUUGCCUCAUUCAUAUGCUGUCUCGUGAGGCAAGCAUGGAGAAUGGAGAUUGGCUAACCUUCUGCCUUCCUCGUCACAGCGGCUGCCUCUGUCCCGGUUCUGAGGGGAGAACCCUGCCAAUGGCUCUGACAGGUUUCAGAGCAUGACUUCUCCCUGCCUGAUUAAGCAUGGAGCUGAAAGGACUUUCUGGUCUUGUGGACUCAAGAAGCUACUGGGUCAGACUCUCUUGUUUCUUCCACUAGGUUGGAGUAUCUGUAAAACCUCACCCUUGCUGACAAGAGAGUACUGAGAAUGGCCCCCAGAAGAGGAGCCCUUGCUGCGGAAUGAAUAUGAAAUCCA